CUGCCUGUUAAUUGUCCAUUUUAUGAUCUCUGGGUUUUCUUGAGAAUCAAAUGAAAUGCAGCAUGUUCCCUCAGCAUCGCUGCUGUUCCUGCACUGAGUCCAGUCAGGAAACGUUCCUCUGAAACACCAGUCACACUUGAUCCUGGUGAGACGCUGAAACCAGCUGUGUAGAACUCAGUGCUGUGGUUCUCCAUGAGCCUGGACGGUGUGAGGAGGACACGGUGAGUCCUGGUGAGUCAGAGUCACCUGCUUGUGUCCGUCCUUCCUCCACUCUCUCCCCCUGGGGGUUAUUUUUGCUGUCAUGUCAGGCCCCACGGCUCAGACCACGUGUACACACUGAACCACACACCCUCCGCCUGGUUCCACUCGUCCUCAGCUGACACUGUGGGACCGAGCGGACCUCACCAAAGGAAAGUGGAGUGGAUUCUGCUGUAAACUGAGACGAACAACAGGCUCACAGACAAACACAUUUACACAGUGGGGGAAACAAACACACAGAGAAAGCUUGUUUUACUUCAGCAUGACGGACACCGCGGCCGAGGACGACAAGGACCCUGAUAUUGAGCUUUUUGUGAAGGCUGGGAGCGAUGGAGAGAGCAUCGGAAACUGUCCGUUCUCACAGCGCCUCUUCAUGAUCCUCUGGCUGAAAGGCGUCGUCUUUAAUGUCACCACAGUAGAUCUCAAGAGGAAACCAGCUGACCUUCACAACCUGGCCCCAGGAACACACCCACCCUUCCUCACCUUCCAAAGGGAAGUCCUCACAGAUGUCAACAAGAUAGAGGAGUACCUAGAGGAGAUGCUGACUCCACCAAAGUACCCCAAACUGGCAGCAAGGAACCAUGAGUCCAACACGGCAGGAAACGACAUAUUCGCCAAGUUCUCAGCAUAUGUGAAAAACACAAGACCAGAUCAAAAUCGGGCAUUAGAGAAGAGUUUAAACAGAGCCCUGGCCAAGCUGGAUCGGUAUCUGCUGAGUCCACUGCCGGAUGAGGUUCAGUCAGGGCACCACAGCGGUGACGGCGAAUCCACCCGUAAAUACCUGGAUGGGGAUGAACUGACAUUAGCUGACUGCAACCUUCUUCCCAAACUUCACGUUGUUAAGGUGGUGGCAAAGAAAUACAGAAACUACGACAUCCCGUCUGACUUCAGGGGGGUGUGGCGGUAUCUUGGCAGCGCUUAUGGCCGUGAUGAGUUCACCAACACGUGUGCAUCUGAUGCGGAAAUCGAGCUGGCCUACAGGGACGUGGCCAAGAGACUGGGAAAGUGAACGCAUCACAACCACAUUCACUAUUGUGCCUUUCUCUCUUCUUUUGUACUUGUUUCAUUUUAUUAGUGUACCAAAAACUACCAUAAAGGCAAACGCAAAACCUAUUAACGUGUGAUGGUGCUUUAACAUACUGUAAUCUGUAAACAGGCCACACAGCAUUAAGUCCUUCACACACAGGAGAUAUAAGUGCAGUAAAGAUAAUGAAUCAGUUUUAAAAAGUGCAUCAUCACUCUGAGGUCUCUGUAGCUGCACUUACAUCAACAUACAAACAAAUGGAUGCUAAUUGUGCUAUUUGUAGAUUAAUAAAUAGUGUAUUAUCAGCCUAUGA